AGCAGCUUCCCGGUCCUCCUCCCACUGCACAACACUCCGACACAAUGGGGCUGUAAUGUCAGCGACGGGCGAGAUUUGAGCAUCUUCUCAAGAGUACUGAAUCUGUGUAUGGAUUUAAUGAUGAUGAAGAAGAAGAAAUUCAAGUUCAAGGUGGAUUUCGAGCUGGACGAGCUCUCGUCGGUCCCCUUUGUGAACGGUGUCCUCUUCUGUAAAGUCCGGCUGCUGGACGGCGGGUUCUCAGAGGAGUCAUCUCGCGAGUCAGUGCAUGCCAACAGUGUCCGAUGGAGGAAACGGUUCUCGUUCCCCUGCAAGAUGAGUGCCAAUGCAGGGACGGGUGUACUGGACCCUUGUGUGUGCCGUGUGUCUGUCAGAAAGGAGCUGAAAGGUGGAAAAGCAUUUGCAAAGCUUGGUUUUGCAGAUCUGAAUUUAGCAGAGUUUGCUGGCUCAGGGAAUACAACCCGCAGAUGUCUGCUGGAAGGCUACGAUACCAAAAAUACUCGCCAGGAUAACUCCAUUCUCAAGGUCAUCAUCAGUACACAGCUCAUGUCAGGAGAUCCCUGUUUUAAAACGCCCCCCUCCACAGCCACAGUGAUCGGGAUCCAGGGCGAUGGAGAGAGCCUGCUGGAGGAGAGGAGAGGAGGCGACUCACAGAAAGGAUUUUCUGCUGAGAGUCGAGAAGGGAAGUGUCCUGUUGUUUCUGAUGAUCUCGGCGGUUGUGGCCACUCCCGAACAUCCAGCUACGCCAGCCAACAGUCCAAACUCUCAGGAUACAGCACAGGUCACUCCCGCUCCUCCAGCAUGUCAGAGUUCAGCCACCGGAGAAACCAUUCAGUGGGCAGCGCCUCGACGGGCAUCGGCAGCAUCCCAGAGCCAAGCGACGACCGAGAGUCCAGACCCUGUCCAGCUCUACCUGAACACCCAGUCCCCCCCGCCACCACUAGCAACCCAACAGGUACACCUGUACGGAGCGCCUCGUCCUGUGAACGCCUCAACAGACACCCUGUGAAGCAGGACUCCAUGGAGUCUCAGUUGAAGAGAAUGGACGACACACGGGUGGACGCUGACGAUGUUGUGGAAAAGAUUCUCCAGAGUCAAGACUUCACACCGAGCCUACUAGACUCCAGUGCUGAAGAGGAAGGCUUGCGUCUGUUUGUCGGCCCUGGGGGAAGCACGGCGCUGGGAAGCCAUCACCUCCCCACCAGGGUUGGUGCUGGAGCGUACGAGCAGGUGGUGAUAAAGCGUUAAGACCUGCAGCCUCAAAGAUGUGGAUUCAAACCAAUUACAUCCAAAAAACUUGAGGCAAGCCUGUGUCAAUAUCAAUCUGCAUUCCUACAGCGCACCUGAUCACCAUGAACGGUUGACUUGACAACAGUGCCCUCCUGUGUUCAUAUCUCUUUUUUGACACUGUAGCUCCCCGAGCAAGAGGUAAACUACAAAAUUAACAUGUAACAAAAACUGUCCACGCCUCAUUUUCUAGGUGUUUCUAGAAUUGUCUUUUUGAGGUCACACUUUAUCAGUGAGCAUUCAAACCAAAUUCAUUUUGAACAUUUAGGAAGUAGAAGUUAUUUGUGUCCUUUUGAAGACACCAGGACAGGUUCCAUGUGUGCAUCAUAAGCAUGGCACUGAAAUUCACACUGAAGAGGAGUAUGCAAUGCGCUUUCAAUACAUUCCUUUAGUCUCUCAGUGUUUGUUUUAGGCUUGCUUUUCAAAUAGGGUGUUUAUUUUUAAUGUGCACCCUAUAAGCUGCUUACAAGUCGUAGUUGUUGGCACUCUGAUAGCAGUUUUGUAAGUUGAGAAUAUUUUACUACAAAAGACGAGGCAUCAGCUAUUUGGCGUGUGUGUGUGUGUGUGUGUGUGUGUGUGUGUGUGUGUGUGUGUGUGUGUGUGUGUGUGUGUGUGUGUGUGUGUGUGUGUGUGUGUGUGUGUGUGUGUGUGUGUGUGUGUGUGUGUGUGUGUGUGUGUGUGUGUGUGUGUGUGUGUGUGUGUGUGUGUGUGUGUGUGUAUAUAAGAAUUUGCUGAGAAACAUUAGAAUUAGUUUGCUGAGCAUUAUUUUGGUAAAUCCUGCAGAAAUAAUCUGCCCUACAAAGGCAAACGCAGAAUCAAUAUAUUUGUUCAGAACUUAGGUUUUGAAAUGUAGAUCCCAGGGCAAGAACUGACAGUAAUUCAGUGUCUUGAACUCUCUCAGCAGAUCUUAUGUUAUUAAGCUACCUUAAAAAUCACAUAUUUAAAUGAUUUCCCUAUAAAUAUAUUACAUACCAUACAAAAAUACCUUUAUCUUAUAUAAUCUAAAGACUAUAAACAUUUAAAACAAAUAUUUUCGUAAACUAACAAGAAAAGGACAAUAGAGCUGAAACAACACAUUGUGGUGGUACAAACGGUUUUCCUCUCGACAUUCCCUGAAGAUUAUCCAAACACUGAGUGCAAUAUCUGUUUUCACCUUUCCCCUUUUGUUGUAUUAUCUUAAUCCUAUGGCAACUAAUUUUAUUGGUCAUAUAAUCUGCCUUAAUUGUUAAAAUGAAGGUAUUACAACUGUUGUUUGUUAUGCAGUUUGCCUUCUCAAGUGACAGCUGUCUGCCUUUGUAGGGCUGUAAAUAGAGAGCAUAAAAAGGGGCUUCUAUGAUAAAAAUGACUAUAAAAAGGGCAUAUGCUGUAUCUAAGGCCCAGCUUUUUUGCUAUGUGUCUAAUGUGUAACUGCUUAGCAAGUUAACCACAUCUUUCUGAGCUGGCCUGUUGACCAGGAAGCUACCAUCUGUGAACAAAUGAAAGAUCCUGUGACGUACUAACGAUUCAACCUGUGUGUAACUGACGCAUAUUGUAAUUUGUAUCACUCAAGGAUUGUACAGAGAAAGAUUGUAAAGUGAAGGACUAGUUCAGUAAUCCACUGCCAUGAAGAAAAUAUUCAACAGCACCUGUAUUUAGAAGAAAAAACACAAAUAAUUUAUGUGUAUCUUUACCUCAGAACAUCUGAACUGUAAGAUUUGACAACAGUCCGAUUAACCAACGCAAUCAAUACAUUAGUGCUACGGACAAAAAUAUUAUCAAAUAGAAAUCUACUGAAAAUGUAACGCACGUUCCAGCCUAAUAGGAGAUUAGGUGCAUAACGUAUUCAGUUGAUAAGCAAAUUAGCCAAAGUACGCAACACACUGUUAUAUCUGGACCCUGUCAGCCCUAUGCAUAAUGAGAAUAUUAGCCGCUUUAUAACUCGUGAUAACAGACCGUACAGUAUCUGUAAUCUUCUGUCUCCCGUCAUAAGCCAUAGUAGAGUUGGGAUACUUCCUCUUCUAGAUAAACUCUAUACUUGUUAUAUCAAUAUCCGCACAAGCAUCAUCAGUGUAUGGUGUUUUAACUAUACGUCAGUGUUCUGUUUUUACGUUGGUGUGUUCUGCAUGAUUAAGACGUCCUUUUGUUGGCUUGCAGAACUUGACACAUAUUCAUGUUUGUCCUAAUUUGAUGUCGUGCCAUCUUUUAAAUCUGAAUAUUAAACACAAGGAAGGAACCAUUUUGCUUGCCUAUUUAGCAUGUAGGAGCACAUUUUGUUCUCAUGACUUCAAGUUAAAAGCAGAUAGCUGCACAGUGUAUGAUGUAACCGAAAAUGCAUUUUUCUCAUUUUGUGUUUUUCAUUUUUGGCAUGGUGUAAAUGUCCCAUGUUGAAAAUCUCAUCUGAAAUAAAUAUUUUUAUUUUGAGUCCUUAAUUGCUGAUAUUGUGCCAUAUAUUUUGCUAAAUAUUGUAUUGUUUAGAAAAAAAAAUGUUCUCACUACAUAAGACAGUGUUAAGUUUAUGAUUUAUGGUUACCAAAUAUCAACCAUUGGAAAACAUUUUUUAGAUAAAAUAUAUAUUUGUUUUACCUGUGAUUAUCAGGUUUCGUUAUCUUGGUACCUAACAUGUUGUUACAGACAUGGUUUCUUCUCUUCUGUGAAGUUGUUGUCUAUAUAAAACUGUAACCUGUAUUUUCCUGUAAAGUGGUGUUCUGCGAUGUUACGACACUGUCCAGUGUUUCCUGUUACAGACGUGUGCUUUUGACCAACAUUUGCUUCCUAUACGAGUAUAGCCUACUGGAUGCUUCAAAUGUGUACAUGGUACUGUUGAAUAAAACUGUUAAAAACC